GAAACCAGCGGUUGUGUCAUGAAAUGUCGGCUGGAUUCUCAGGCUAGGAUGAUUAUAAGUCAGUUUUGUCGUAAGAAAAAUAGGACAGCACCCCUUCCCUAGACUUCAAACAGUUGAGUUUGAGAGACCUGCCUUUUGGUUUGUUACAUUGUAUGUUUCGUUUUUCCUUUUCAGUAUUGAAGGGGAGUUUGUACCAAAAGAAGGCGAUGUAGUUAGUUUUCGUACCUGCCCUCUGCCGCCAAAAAAUGUCGAGAAGCAAGCAGUAAUGGUGGUAAUUCAAGAAAUGAAAGGUGCCCAUGAAAGAUGGUGGGAUAGUAGCUCUACUUAAUAGAGAUGAACAUGCCUUGUGUCAGUGCACACUAUGAUUUAUGUUUUGAAGUAGACGCUUUAAAAUAUGAAUUUUUAGUAUUUGAGGUUUCUCUUUACUCCUUCACCCACUUCAUCUGUGAGGCGUUUAUGGCAACAUGUAAUGUUCUAACUUUUAAGUGGAUGAAAUCCAUGGCUGCUACUAUUCAAUUGAAACUAUGGUAUAUGUUUUCAAGUAGUUUUCUUAAAAUCCUACUCUGUGCAAGCAAAAUCAUUUAACUGUUAGCACCCUAAAAACAACGAUUGUUUGUGUUUGAAUUUUUGAAUUCCCCUUGUGACUAUUUUGAUUGGCCCAUUUGUUCAAGUCAUUUUCCCUUAUUUUCAAAAAUGCAAUAGCGACGUUUUUAGUUCAAAUGCUCUGAAAAACUACUGAUAGAAUUCUGUUGAAACAUCUCUGCCUUCGCUCAACAUGUAAACAAUAAUAAGUGUCCUCGCAACUUUUCCUAUUGAUCUCCCAUGCUGGAAAGUUAUUUCGUGAGCAUUCAUGAUCACUUCAACCACGAGCCCUUUUAAACUUUGUCAUUCCCUUUCCGCCAAAAUAAGGGAAGAUCACAUGACCAAAUGGGGCGUUCGGGAUGGCCUCGUGAGUUAUUCGAAAAUUUAAAUGCAAACGAUCGGAUUCUUUUCGGGGUGCUUAUUGAUUGCUUCCUUUCUUCCUGUCUUUUCUUUU